AUGGGUUUCAUGGAAUUCUACCUGGAGAUUGACCCCGUCACCCUGAACCUCAUAAUCCUGGUCGCCAGCUAUGUCAUCCUGCUCCUGGUCUUCCUCAUCUCCUGCAUCCUGUACGACUGCCGGGGCAAAGACCCCACCAAGGAGUACGCCCCCGACAACACGCCGGCGCCACCCAGCCAGUCGCCCAUACGCCUGGUGGUCAUGCAGAACUCGCCCGCCUCUUCUCGCUACGAGCCCAACAACACGGCUGGCCACGGCGAGCUGCCCACGCCAGACCUGAGCCGGGACAGAGGCGAGAGGGAGCGGGAAAGAGAGAGGGAGAGGGAGAAGAGGAGUACUCUGGUCUGA